AUGAAUUUAGGGACAUAUAUCCGAAAAAGAUACACGAAUUUAUUGAAUUCUACCUAUGUUGCUAGUGAAGUGUAUGUUCGCAGCACAGAUUACGAUCGUACAUUAAUGUCUGCCUAUUGCAAUCUUGUGGGUCUCUAUCCAACAGAUAAAGCUACGUCCAUUGUCGAAUAUCCAGUACCACCUUUAAUGAAACCUUGGCAACCGAUACCAGUGCAUACUGUGCCUAAAGCGAUAGAUCAUCUUCUUGGUGUCAGUAAUUGUCCUCGAUACGAAGAACUCGUGGAGGAAUUGAGACAAAGUGAUCGAAUAAAGCGAAUUAAUAACGCAUUCAAAGAUUUAUUCACGUUUCUAGAAGAAAGUACUGGUGAGAAAAUUCCAGAUCUCUUUUUUGCAUGGGAUAUUGCUGAUACGAUGGUUAUACAGCUUAUAGAAUCAUGUAGCUGCCCGAUUGGCAUCAAAGUAUAUUCGUGUAAACAGUCUGUUGGAUUAGCAAUUUUAUUUAACUCGUAUCAACGUAGUGAUAAAACACGUAUUCAACCAUUAGCGAAACGAAAAGUAAAAGGACCUUCCAUGAAAGUUUGCACAGCUUUAAAUUUGUAA